AGAGAGGGAGUGAGUGCUUUUCAUUGUAAAAUAUCUGCUAUAUCUUUGUUGCACAAAAUGGCUUUAAUACCCCCUCCUCCUUUUCCAACUCAUCAGGAACCACAAACUGUACAAUCUGAGGCCAUGAAGUUUGAAAACAUUGAUAACCUUGAUAAGGCGGCAUGUAAGGAGGCUAUGUUCGACUAUGCUGCUGAAAGCUGUUGUUAUGAAUCCAACGCAGUAAAAGAAAUGACCAUCACAAACAUUAAUGGUUUAACUGCUUAUCAUUAUACAUUAGAAACUUUUACUGAAACUCGGAAAACGGAAUCCAAGCGUGUGCCGCACCGUGGAGGCCGAAUUGAUGGACCCGAAAACGGCCCUUCGCUCUCACCAUGGGAUGUGCUUUGUAAGGCAGACAAAACAUUCCAUAAUGAAGAAAAGAAAAUGAAAAUUCCUCAUACAGAAUAUGUCCGACCAUGCAACAGAUGUAUGGGACUUGGUAAUAUCCAGUGUUUGGGAUGUCGGGGUUCUGGUAUGGAGGACUGUUCUUGCCGUAAAUGGUCAAACAAUCGGGAAACCGACAGACUAUUGGGAAGCAAUGCUAGAGACAAUUGUCCUUCAUGUCAUUUACGAAUCUCCAAAUGUGGUAAAUGUUCCGGUAAGGGCAGAGCAUCAUGUACUGAAUGUGAAGGAUCCGGAAACCUAAAGACAUACACGGAACUCACGGUCAAAUUCACCAAUCAUAUGAGUGAUUACGUAUAUCAGAAGUCUGAUUUGCCAGGUCACUUAAUGAGAGAAGUAACCGGCAAAGUGGUGUUUGAGCAAGAUUUAGACCAGGUAUUUCCAAUAACAUCAUACCCGAUACCUGAGAUUAAUAAUAAUUCAAUUAGAAUCGUCAACGAACAUAAAAAGGGUUUCCCCACUGAAAGAAUAGUUAGACAGAGACAACGUUUGCAUGCGGUUCCUGUUACUGUGGUCCACUUUACUUUGAGAGAUACACGUUCUCGUUACUGGAUCUAUGGGACAGAAAGGAAAGUGUAUGCUCCUAAUUUCCCCCAUCAGUGUUGCUGUAGUUGUGACAUUCUGUAAAAACACGG